CUUUGACUUUCCAGUAGUUCCCUCCUCGGGGGCUUCUACCCGAACCGAUAGCAGUCCGGCGUCUCCCCGCCGGGACCCCCAGUUCCCGCACGCUGUUACAUGGACAUCAAUAUGCCGAAGCCGGACUUAUUAAUACUUAUUCAUUCGAUGUCGCUAGGCUUAAGUCCGCCUUUUAUAAAGAGCUCAAGGCCUCGAUCUCUUGAUUUCUGUCUUUGUUUGUUUUGAUCUUAAUUGCUUUCCCAACCACGUCAUACGCACUAGAUAUUAUGGCCUCAUCUGCCCUCCAGCGUCUCGUACGCUUUGUACCUAGAUCCAGUCCUUCCAAGAUCCUUAUCGGCCAGCCAGCAGACAAGGAUAUUGAUGUUGGUGCUGCCUUACGCAAGGGUCAAGAGGUUGCAGUCAAUGUUUGGUCAGGUUCAUCAGUCCUAUCCCCAGGAUCCUCGACUGGUACUACCGAAACCAUUGACCGCGUCCUGUCCCCUCUUGCCCAAAAUGAGAUCGGUACUAUCCGGUGUGUCGGUCUGAAUUACAGAAAGCACGCUGCGGAGUGUGGACUUGAUCCCCCAGCAAUCCCGGUCAUCUUCAUGAAGCCAGCGACAACGAUCGUGGAUCCUUGGCCAGCUCGUGGAACCAUUCCCAAGCUGAGCCAGGUGGACGAGUCUGGCGACUACGAGGCAGAAUUGGCUGUGGUAAUUGGUAAGACGGCUAAGAACGUGAGCGAGGCCGAAGCUUUGGACUACGUUCUUGGAUACACUGCCGCCAACGAUGUUUCCAGCCGCACUCAGCAGCUAAACCAGUCUCAAUGGUCCUUCUCAAAGAGCUUUGAUGGGGCUUGUCCAUUAGGUCCAACACUGGUUCUCAAAUCUCUUAUUACAGAUCCCACCAAGCUUCACAUGCGAGGGUUAAAGAACGGCGAAGUGUAUCAGGAGAGCGGCACUGACGACCUCAUCUUUUCUGUUCCCAAGAUUAUUAGCUGGCUGUCUCAAGGCACUACACUUCCCCCGGGAACUGUGAUUGUCACUGGCACCCCUGCCGGUGUUGGAAUGGGCCGAACCCCUAAGGAUGCGCUCCGGCACGGCGACGAAUUUGCGGUUGAGAUUCUGCCUCAUAUUGGAACACUCACUAACAUUUUUGAGAAUGAGAAGAGUGCCUUCAUGACCAAGUUGUAAGCAACAAGCCAGAUAAUUGUACAAAUGAUCGCUCUAGGUAAUAGUUAGUUCAAUGAAUGAAACCUAAAUAUGAGAUCAUGAAUGAUGUUUCAUGAGGAUUACUGAACUAGUCAAAAUAGCGAGUACUGGCA